AAACGUCAAACUUACCAAACAUGGUGGUCAAUGUUGUUUUUUAGCGCUGGCUGUUUCGGCAUCACUAGUUCUGUGUAAUUUUACGAAUUUUUUACUGCAUCUCGUCUAUUCAUCCAUUUCUACAGUGUUCUACUGCUCUGCCCCGGGUGUUUUUGUCGCAUAGUUCACUGCAAUAUACAGUCAUGGCUAAGCCCCGGCAAAAACAAUCCCCUUGGUCUUACGCCUUCUGCCCGGGGGAAGAUGCCUAAGCGCAGGAUGGCGACGAUGCGUGGGGAAUGUUGGAUCGUGCAGUUCCUACCAGUGCGAAAGUUGUUUCUGGCAUGGCGACGUACAACAAUGCCCACUGGUUGCUGUCGCACAUCCGGAACUCCUUCAUCUCCACCGACGAUACGGGCGUCAGCGAAACGGUGAUGGUGAUGGAGGACAUCCCGCUGCAGCUGGCGAAACGGUUUCGGGAAUCACAAGCACGCGUUGCGGAAACGACAAACCAGCCCCAGCCCCAGCCAGAAACGACCGCGCCAGAUGAAGACAGCGAUGGGCCCGGCAUCGAUCCAAUCAAGCAACAAAUGCAGGCCCGGUUCGGAGUGGAUUAUGAGUACUUCUUUUCCUACCCCGGGCUGGACGAUACGGAUGAGGAAGAUGCUGACACACUGUCCCAAUCGUACGAAAUACAGAUGGAUCAGGAGAGUGGGUUCCACCGGCAGCGAUCGAACACGGCCCAGAAGCUGGAAAAGCUCGAAAUUGCACGACGCAAAGCGUCACAGAUACGAAGUGUAAAGCUGGACGACAGCUCCGUGCUGCAGCAGGAAGAGGAGGAGGAUGAAAUCAGCCUAUUGUUUAGCCGGCGGGUUUCGCUGCCAAGCGAAUCGCCACGAAAGCGACUAAGUUCGACGCUCAGCGAACAGCUGAGCACGUUGCCCGCGCUGCCGCAGAACCAAUUUCUCGAGUACGCCAAGUUCGACGGCACGGGCCACAUCGAGGUGCCGGUGCGCACGUUCAAAGUAUUCGUUCCCGCUCUUCCGGAAGAGCAGCGUGCCUUUCCGUUGCCGGUCUGCGUACUAGCCACUGCCAAGAUACAGGAGUUUAUAGGGCUGAUUUGCUACAAGUGUACGAUCGCGAACCCGGCUGUAGAGUUGCGCCCCGUACGCCACUACGGCCUGUACAUGACGGAGGAAGACGGUGAGCUGGAUUUGGAUUUCCCGCCGCUGGAUGUGAACGAACCGUGCUCGAAGUUUCGUUUCACGCAUCUCGUUAUGGCCGAACGGCGGCUGUCGAGCAGUGCAAGCCAUCAGCCGCUGCCCACCACCUCUAGCGGACAGUCGCUUCGGUUCGAAGCAUUCAGUACGGAGCGCAGCACGAGUCUAACUACUCCCACUUCGGCCACGGCCCCGAACGCCACCACAGCGGCACCGUUAACGAAACCGAUCAAGCAACAGCCGGAACAGGCAGGUGGAACCGGUUCGAGUACACAGAAAUCGGAACCACCCGAAUCGAUGACCACUUCGCAGCGCAUUAGCAACCAGCAGAAGGAAGAUCUUGAUCGGAUCAAAGGGCACACGUCUAAAAUAGAGGCCCCCCUCUACCGUACGUUUCAGGUGCAAAUCCUCCACAAAUCGCGCCUCAAGACCGAGGUGCAGCUGGGCAUCUCGGGCGAUCGGUUCGAAAUUGAUCCCAUACCGAACAAUCCGGGCAAGUUCUGGAACCGCCAAAAGCCGGCCUGCCACACGAUGGACUCCGUAGCCGCCUGUACCAUCGUGGAGCGGAAACACUCGAAGGCGGUGCUGCGGUUGGUGUACUGUACCGGCAAUGUCGUGAGCGGUGAGGCCGACGGACCGGUAAGUUUUAAGCACUACGAUAUCGAAGCGACGCCCGAUGCGGCCGAACAGAUCGUGGAGAAGGUGAACAACAUUCUCGAGGUUCGGCUGAGCCCGAUCCGGCGCGAGUACAUGCGAAGGCGGGGCAAAUUAAAACCACCCUCCAGUGCGUAGCCCAUCGAGCAGCCUGUAGGAUAAGAGGCGAGGAGAGAAACCGCGAAAGAGGAAGAAGAGAAGGAAUCAUAUACUAACACUAACUGCCAUUUUAUGUGCGUGCUUUUACGCACCACACAAUAUUCAUUUCACUCGCGUUUACGGAAGAAGCACAGAGAGAGAGAGAGGAAGCUAUUUAUUUUAUCCAUUCCCACCCAGACGAACAGUCGAUCGAUCGAUCGGAUUGGGCAUGAUCAUGAAAACGAAGGAAUUGCUCACCUAUCUAUCCUACGAGACACACCUAACGUUUGCUUUACAGACAGCGUAAUAACGACAAAAAGAGCAAAUCCCUCUUAUGUAGUACGUACGGAAUAUAUGAUCAUACAAGCUUUAAUAUUUAUUUUCCACAACAGUCCAAAAUGCCCCUCCAGCAGCACUUUCCUAAUCGCACUUUCCUCUUUCCAAACAACGCAACGUGUAAAGCAAGCUUCGGGCCUCGUAGGAUGAUGGGUACGCACGCACUCACUGUCGAAUUCAUUUUUAAACUAACUUUUAUGCUUACCCUGCCAGCAGAAUGGUCGUUCCUCGGUUUCACGACCAUGCCUAACCGAUCGAUUAUCCUUCAUAUACAGUCAUAUACACCCCAAACAAAUGCCAACAAAGACUCAAUAGACUUUACUUGCAAAAAUAUCAAUAUAAUAGCCAAUUCACAGCCAGUGUUUCGCCAACGGCAAACACGUUCAAAAUAACUUAAACUGAAACAAAAAACAGUCGUGUACAGCAGCAAAAAGCCAGUGGAAUAAGGAUAGUGCAAUUUAGAUUUCCUUUCUUGUUCGCAGAUAGGAGGGUUUUUUUUAUAUUGAUAUACAUUAUAUGAAACACACGUUUUGCGUACAAUCAAUAGAAACGACAUAAAUGCAAAAAAUAAUAUUACAAUCUCCAACCUAGUUUCGUUAGAUAAGGGAGGAGAAGCAUUUAAAAAAAGUCAUAACAGUUCUAAAGAACAUACUACAUGCAAACCGGGAAAAUUGUGUUCAGCGACAUGUAACCGUUGCGCGCGAUCGCUACGUCGCUUGCGCAACUGCAGACAGGUUCUUGCGGGGAAGUUAUGCGCAGGAAGAAGGGCCGCCAUGGAAGCGGAUUUUUUUUCUGUUUUUCCUCUAAUUUUAUACAAUAAGUUAAGCAGCAGGCAAGGAAGAGAUAAUAUAUAUAUAUAUACAUGUAAAUGUGAAACGAUGUGUUCCUUUAGCAGUUAGCGAGCGAUUAGUUAAGCAGGGCGUUAAUGAGCAACAGGCUGGUGCAUGAUGCACCGUGCCGCUUCUACGUAGUGUGUGCUACCCUAUCCAUCAGCCGGUCCUAUUUAUCGAUCCUUAGUUUUGUAUUUAAGUAAGCUUAUCGCUAGCACACUGUCCAUUGACACUGGACGUGUGGUGUUCAGAUUUAACAUAUGUUCCUCGACUAUCAUCCGGUUCGACUAGCCGCGUGUUGCGUGCGUCGGUCAUCUUUUAACCAGGCAGGAAGAUAAUUACGGAAUAAUACGCUUAAGAGAUAUGAGAUGUAUUUUAUGCGUUGCGUUUAUUUUUUGCGAUCGAAACUCAAUCCAGCUAGCACACCGCAACCCCUGCAGGUGUAAAGGAGAACAUAUCAGGUACGAUAAGAUGUGUCCGUGCGCAGCAGUUUGCCUGAUAUGUGGAGGACAGAUAAUCUUAAUAAUGCACUUGGUGUCCUACCAGUACCAGUUCGGGAAUGUUCUCUCAUUGUUUUCCUCUUAUUGUAUGUGUACAGUGGUGUUACAGGCAGGAAGGGGAGCGCAAAAGUAAGGACACACAUGGAGCCGGUUGUUGCUCUGCAAAAGCAAUCAAUUCGAAGGUCCUAGCUGGACGGCUACGAGCCGCUAUGCUCCGUUGGGAUGAGUGUGUUCAAGAAUAGGGAUAACAAUCAGCUAGUAAGAAAGGUAUUGUGUAACAGUGUGGCAGGUGUUAAACUAUAAAUAUUAUAAAACUUCCUUUAACGAGA